GACGAAGAAUAAAUAAAAAAUAAGCGAAUUUCUAAUAAAGAUAAUAAAAUUGAUCAUAAUUAAAAUCACUACAUAUCCGGCUCAAAAGCAUUUUUAAUAACAAUGAAUGCUGCCUUUGGAGCAUUUUUCUUUGGAUAUUGCAUAAGUGUAUUCUCUUUAGCCAAGGAUACAAUAUUUACAGUAUUUAACGUAGAUAAAGCCUAUAAGAUAUAUUAGAAUCUCUUUUAACAGCCAGCAUACCAUUUGGAGCUAUGGUUGGGUCAAGUACAGCAGGAAUCUUAUUAGAAUACACAAGUAGAAAAAAUGCUCUUUUAUUAACCGAUAUAAUAGGAGUACUAGCAACUUUAUUAAGUCAAAUUCCUAACAUAUGGACAUUUCUAGCUAGUAGAUUAAUAUCAGGAUGUGUUACAGGUUUCAACAGCAGUUUAGUACCUUAAUACAUAUAGGAAAUUUCUCCAAUACAAUUAAGAGGAAAGAUGGGAAUGUCAUUUGGAUAUUCAAUAAAUAUAGGAAUCAUAAUGGGAUCAUUUUUAGGUUUAUUCUUCAAAGAAAAACCUAAUUAAUAUGAUUUUUAUUGGCGAUUUGUAUUUUUGUUUCCUUUAUUACUUACUAUUCCUAGAUUUAUUUUCUUGAAUAUAUUCUGUAAUUAUGAAACUCCACUUUAUUAUUACUUAAAAGGAUAAGAAUAAUAAUGUGAUAAAUUAUUAAAUCAAAUAUAUAAACAAGAUUUUAUUGCUGAAGCUAAAUAAGAAGUGAAAGAAUAAGUUCAGUAAAUGCAAAAAACAAAAUAAUCAUAUAUUGAUAUGUUCUCAUCUAAAUAUAUAAAGGUAGUAUUUAUUGGAUGUAUGUUGUAAGUAUUUUAAUAAUGGUCAGGUAUUAAUGCCGUUAUUAUGUAUAGUGGACAAAUUUUUGGAAAGUCUAUAGAUAAUUUUGAAUUAAAAAAUAUUGUUUCAUUAAUUUCUAAUAUUGUUCUUCUUAUUGCUGCUGUUGCUAGCAGUUUCUUUGUAAAUUGUUUGGGCAGAAAAACUAUUCUUAUGUAUGGAGCUUUACUUUGUUCUAUUUUCUAAGGUGUUCUUUGUGUUAUAUCUGCUGUAGAUAAACCAGGGCUUGAAGGUUUAUCUGUUACUCUUAUUUAUUUGUAUUAUUUCGCUUUUAAUUUCUCAUUAGGACCGGUCGUAUGGCUUUAUAAUGCUGAGAUUUUACCUGAAAAAGGGGUUUCUAUUGCUACUUUUAGUAAUUGGUGUAGUGGUUUUAUUCUUACCUUGGUAGUUCCUUAUAUUAAAGAUAUUUAUUAUUUGUUUGGAUACUUUGGAAUUAUGUGCUUACUUUGUUAUUUCUUUGUAUUAACUAUUGUAAAAGAAAGCAAAGGAAAAACAAAAAACGAAAUCGAUAAUAUGUACUUACCUAAUAUUUCAAAGACGGUUUAUGAAUUAAAUUCUAAUAAUAAUGUAUUAGGAACUAAUGCUAAAUUAGAAUGUUUAACUCAGAAAGUAUAAUGA